GUCAAUCUAUCCAAGAUGGCGGCGACCAAGGAAAACUUCAAGCGUAUUCCUGCCUGGGUGAUGGCGAUCGUCUUCGCAAUGUAUGUUCUUGAUGGGUGCGCCCUGUUCGCACCUGACUCCACCCCGUGGCACCUUUUGGGACCGGUCGGCAGCUUCAUACAGAAUUUCAUCAAAAACGACCCCGAACGCAUCCCACGGAUGAUGUUCAAUAUACUUGGUAUUCACAUUUUGGAAGCCGUGAUAGCUUUCGUCGUCACCCAGUGGAAAGGCAUUUCCGGAUCGGCCCGGCAGAAGUGGAUCCUGCAGACGUUUGUGUUCGGAGUGUUCUCUCUCGUGCCUCUCGUCAUGUUCAAACCUGAGACUGGCAAGAAAAUCAACACCAUCCGUUAUAACGUUAUUAGCAGCUGUACUCCAACAUGGCCAACGCUGUUCCAAUUUAUGAUCAGCAACGUAAAGAGCCUGUAUAGGAAGAAACCACUUUGCGCCACCCCUCCCCCUUUUCGUCGUGUUGAAAGAAACAACAAAAGAGUCGACCGUGCGGUCAAUAAGAAAGGUAAACACCUGUUCAGGGCAGGGGUCAAUCUAUCCAAGAUGGCGGUGACCAAGGAAAACUUCAAGCGUAUUCCUGUCUGGGCAAUGGCGUUCGUCUUUGCCUUCUUUGCUGUCGAAGCGUGCGCCGUGUUUGCACCUGACUCUACUCCGUGGCACCUUUUAGGACCCGUGGGGAGCUUCAUACAGAACAUCAUCAGGAACGACCCCGAACGCGUCCAACGGAUGCCGUUCAUGAUACUUGGGAUCCACACUUUGGAAAGUGUGAUAGCUUUCUUCGUCACCCAGUCGAAAGGCAUUUCCGGAUCGGCCCGGCAGAAGUGGCUGCUGCAGACCUUUGUGUUCGGAGUGUUCUCUCUGGUGCCUCUCGUCAUGUUCAAACCUGCAACUGGCAAGAAAACCAAGUAGCACUA